AUGCGGCCGUGGAAAGUUAUGAGGCUUCGAAGCACUUCUUUGGCUAACUUCGUGAUGAACUACAACAUGCAGAACAUGAACAAGGAGUUACCUGAACUCUUCUCCAUGCCGAAAUCUGCUGAGAUUGAGAUACAGAAAGAGCACCAAGUGUUGAUGGUCAACAAGACCACCAGUUUCAAGAAGCAAGGCAAACCUAAGAAGGGCAACUUCAAGAAGGGCGGCAAGAAAGCUGCCGCGCCUCCUGAGAAGCCUAAGGCUGGCCCUAAACCUGAUAAUGAGUGCUAUUACUGCAAUGGGAAGGGGCACUGGAAGCGUAAUUGCCCCAAGUACUUGGCUGAUCUGAAGAGCAGCCUUGUCAAGAAGAAGAAAGGUAUAUCUGAUAUACAUGUUAUAGAUGUCUAUCUUACUGGU